UUGCAUUGGAAGAAAGAUUUGAAAUUAUUGGGAAAGAAAUGGUACAAAAAUGUGGUUAUUUGCCAUUGGCAAUUUCUUUACUCGGUGGGGUCUUGAGAGAGAAAAAAUCGAUUGUUGAGUGGAAAUCAGUAAAUGAGCACAUCAAAGCAGCCAUAUAUGGAGUUGAAGAGCGGAUUGAUGGAGUGCUGAAUUUAAGCUAUGAAAGUUUACCCUAUUAUUUGAAGCCUUGCUUUCUCUAUUUGGGUAUAUUGGGUGAGGAUGCAACCAUAUAUGCUUCUUAUCUAUAUAGCAUGUGGAUAGCACAAGGCAUGAUUUCAUAUGAGAAUAUUGGAGACAAGGAUGACACUUUAAUGGAUAUCGCUGAGCUGUACUUAAGUGAGUUAGCCUCCAGGUCCAUUGUUCAAGUUGAAAUGAAACUUGGUUAUGAUGUUGUAGAUAGAACUAAAAAGUAUGCUACAUGCAAACUUCAUGACGUAGUAAGAGAACUAUGUUUGAAAUUGGGAAAAAGGGAGCAUUUUGGUGUGCUGAGUUUGGAGUAUAAAGGUGGGAAACUUAGUACCUUACUACGGGAAGCUUCGUCGCAUAUGAAGAUACAACAUCUGGCAAUACAUUUCAGAAAUGAAGUCGAGCAUGAGAAUAUAGUUGCUUGUGGAGAAGAUAGUAGCGAGCAUAUAAGGACUGUUCAAUUAUUCAAUCUCACAGGAUCGUUUGUUGAUGAGUUCCCCCGACAAAGUAUAGUUGAUUUUCAGAAAUUCAAAUUGCUGAGAGAUCUAUUUUUGUUUAGAUUCAAAUUUGCAGGAGGAAAGUUACCGAGAGGAAUCACUAAACUUGUUCACCUUAGACGUUUGCGUUUACAAAGAUGUGAACUUGAUAAGCUACCCUCUUCCAUGAAGAAUUUGGUAUAUAUGGAUACCCUUGAUUUGAACUUUUCAAAGAAUGUUGAAGUUCCAAAUGUUUUUAAGGAGAUGUUGCGAUUAAAACACUUGAUUCUUCCUAUCUAUGGAGAUGAAAAUAUUAGAAAUUAUCGACUAAGAUUGGAUGAGGGAGUAUAUGAGUUGGAGACUCUACAAUGGCUUGAUAGUAGAUGCCAUGAACUUAAAUGUAUGGACAGAAUGAAGAAUCUCCGAUAUUUUACAGCAAAAAUAUACGAUAAUGAAAGCUUGUCAGCUAUCAUGAAUGACAUUAUGAACUUGAACAAGAUACAAGAUUGUCAAGUAAUCAUUCAAGGAAGUUGCGACUUAACAAGUGAGCGAAUGCUGGAGAAGGCUUUGACAUGUCCCAAUCUUUAUGAUUUGACUAUUGUAUCUAAAUCAGCGAAGGCGCUAGCAAAGUGCGAGAGUGAUUUGUCGAGCUCGAAACUUAAGUGUUUGGUACUGAAUAGUUGUGAGAUUGAGGAUGAUCCGAUGGGGAUACUAGGAAAGCUUCCUUGCUUGAUAAUAUUGCGAAUGCAUCAAGAAUCAUUUGUUGGGGAGAAGAUGACAUGCCCAGCAAACAGUUUUCGUUGCCUCAAGAAGCUGUUAUUAUUAGGUUUACCAAAGUUGAAGGUGUGGAGAGUGGAGGCAGGAGCCAUGCCCCUUCUCUCUAAAUUAACAAUCACAGACUGUUCUUGUCUGAAGAUGGUUCCAGAGGGAUUGAGUGGCAUUUCUACCCUUCAGACUCUCGUAAUUAAGAAAAUGCCGGAAUUGAGCGAAAGGGUAUCACCAGCAGGACAGGAUUUCCACAAAGUCCGCCAUGUCCCCACAAUUCGUUUCAAAUACUAGUCUUCACCCAGGCACUACUCAUCAAACCAAACACAUCUUUACUAUUUUUGUUGCCUAUGUGCCCACAGUUACAAGGUUGAGCAUUGAUCCUUUGGAGAAUAACUGAUUCUUACUACCACUUUUGGUGCUCAAUGAAAACAGCAUCUUACCUUUCUCUAAAGGGUUACAUUUCUCCUCCUUCGAGCUUCAAUAUCGUUGUUGAAUAUGAUAUUAUAUUUGAAUGAUGUUGUGUUUGAAUUGACUAUGAUGGUGUGCAAUAAUUCAAAUGUUGAAAGUGUGAAGUAUUUUAUAAUUAUGUGUGGGUUGAAUUUGGCUUGUAUUGAAUUGCUCGAUGAAGCUUUGUUCACUAUUGUAAAAUUUUGAAUUUGGUUUGUAUUGAAUUGCUCUAUGAAGAUUUGUUCAUUAUUGUAUUGAAUUGCUUGAUUAAGCUAUGUACACAUGUUAUUUA